UACCUAUACUGGAAGAAUGACUAGUAUCUAGCAUGUGCAAAGGUUUCCUACAAAUUCAUAUGAAAAAGAACAUCUGCCCAGUAGAGAAAUAGGGAGAAGCCUCAGAUACUGCACAAGAGAGAAUAUCCUAGUGGCCAACAAACACAUGAGAAAGUUCUCAGCUCAUUAGAGUUUGGCUAAAUGCAAAUUAAAACCACCAUGUGAUACCACUACUCAUCCAGCACGAUGGCUAAAAUAACAAAGAUGUAAGGACACCACCACAGACUCGCGAGACUGAGGGGUGGGUGUCGCGAGACUUAAGAGUGGGCGGCGCAAAUGGUCGAGGUGUUUACUCGCCAUUUUGUGUGAGGAACGUUGACGCUACCCACCACUGGCCUGGCCGCUACCAACAUGAGCCUCCCGGAGAGUCCUCACAGCCCCGCUACUCUCGACCAUACCCCGGAAGACCCGCACCAGGGCCAGAGGUCCCGAGAAAAGAGCAAGGCGACACAGGUAAUGGCAGAUACGUUUGAUGGCCGCUUGGAGCCGAUCGUGUUCCCACCGCCCCGGCUUCCAGAGGAGGGGGUCGCGCCCCGGGAUCCCGCAGGUAGUGGCCAUACUUUCCACAUCUUGGUCGAUGGGGGUAAUGGAGCCAUCAAAGCGGGGCAGGAAGUAACUCCACCACCCUCGGAGGGCCUAGAAGCAGCCUCUGCCUCGCUGACAACUGACGGCAGCCUCAAAAAUGGCUUUCCGGGUGAAGAGACGCGCGGCCUAGGUGGGGAGAAGGCUCUCGAAACCUGUGGUGCAGGGAGGGCGGAGUCUGAAGUGAUUGCAGAGGUGAAGGCCGAGGACGUGAAGCCUGAGGAGUGUGCCAUGCUCUCAGCCCCAGUGGAUGAGAAGCCAGGAGGCGAAGAAAUGGACGUGGCGGAAGGAAACAGAGCAAUAGAUGAGGUAAACACAGGGGCAGGGCCUGGGCCCCUGAACGUGGGUCUCCACCUGAACUCCCUAGAGCCCAUCCAGCUGGAACUGGACUCUGUGAAUGCAGAGGCUGACAGGGCCCUCCUGCAGGUGGAGCGCAGGUUUGGGCAGGUGCAUGAAUACUACCUGGAGCAGAGGAAUGACAUCAUUCGCAAUAUCCCGGGCUUCUGGGUCACUGCUUUCCGCCACCACCCACAGCUGUUUGCCAUGAUUAGAGGCCAAGAUGCCCAGAUGUUGAGCUACUUAACCAAUUUGGAAGUGAAGGAGCUCAGACACCCUAGGAGAGGCUGCAAGUUUAAGUUCUUCUUUCAAAGAAACCCUUACUUCAGAAACAAGCUGAUUGUAAAGGUAUAUGAGGUCAGAUCCUUCGGCCAAGUGGUGUCUUUUUCCACUCUAAUCAUGUGGCGCCGGGGCCAUGGACCCCAGUCCUUCAUUCAUAGGAACCGACAUGUCAUCUGCAGCUUCUUCACCUGGUUUUCAGACCACAGCCUUCCAGAGUCCGACAGGAUUGCUCAGAUUAUUAAAGAGGACCUCUGGUCAAAUCCAGUGCACUACUACCUGUUCGGUGAAGACGCCCAUAGAGCUAGACGUCGCCCGAUAAGGGAGCCAGUGGAGAUCCCCAGGCCCUUUGAGUUUCAGUCUGGUUAACCUUUGCCUUUGGAAUUACUCCUGCAGAAGGUCCCCUGCCACCACCAGCUGGACCUGUGCUUGGGCAACAGCAUUAGGUAUGCCCUUUACUUUUUUUGUUCUGACUUUCCUGUACCCUCUGUUUAAACUUCCCUUUCUCGCAACCUGAAGAUUGAAACCUUGGUGGCUAUACUGCUCCCCUUUCACCUGGUCGUCUUGCUAUUCUGCAUUAACAUCACAUGCUCCCAGCCGAUGGGUCACAUCCUUCUAAGCGAAGCGAAUGACGCUGUAGGUUACACUGUAUUUACCUUUGUUUGGACUCUGUUUGUUCCCAGGACCUCUGGUCUGGCUCCUCCUACCUGGAUUUCUAGCUGUGUCUAAGAACCUAUUCGGCUCACCCUGCUCUGCAUCUGACAGUACAGGUGCAUGGCCUGUGGACAAUUGCUGAGCAUUAAUGAAUUCAAGUGAGAACAGCAGGGGGCAACUUGGUCUGUGUGAAUUA